AUGCACCAGGAAGGUUGGCAUAUCAGUAAAUACAGGAUCCGUUAUGGCACCUCCCUCAGGAAAAUGGUGCAGAAAAUUGAAAUCAGCCAGCACCCCACGUACACUUGCUCCCUCUGUGGCAAAACCAAGAUGAAAAGACAAGCUAUGGGGAUCUGGCACUGUGGUUCCUGCAUGAAAACAGUGGCUGGUGGUGCCUGCACGUACAACUGCACUUCUGCAGUCACCGUAAAGUCAUCUGAAGAUUGA